AUGCGGCAGCGUGGUGAGGGCACCCAGCGCGCCAAGAUCGAGGCGAUGAAAGCUGGCAGCGAAGACGAGGCCGACAUCAAAAAGCAGAUCGAAGUCUUAAACGACACACUGACGGUCCUUCCUGAUGCCAGACACCGUCUUCAGAAGUAUGCCACGGAGCUUCGCGAUCACCUGGCAGAGGGCCACCAGGACGUAGACGUCGCUGUGCGUAGCGAAGGUGAGCAGAACCCGGAGGUCCAGGUGAUCCUGGAGGCACGCCAGCUGCUCAGGGAGGUUGACCAGACCUUGGGCACGCAGACUGCGGACGAGGAGCCAGCUGAUGACGCAGCCGGAACCGGUGGAACGGCAGACGUCGGGGGUGCCAUGCCUCUUCAGGUGACCCUGGCCUCUGGCAAGGAGGUGGAAGUCACAGCAGCGGCAGGGGACAAGGUCGCUGACCUCAGGCAAGAGAUCGCAGAAAAACUGGACCAGCACCCAAGGUGCGUUGAAUUGAAUCACGCUGGGGGCGUGCUUGCAGAUGAGCAGAUCGUACCAGACUCUCAAAUCACUGUGGUUCUCGUGCGGUUGCCGUGGAUUGGUGCCGACCCGGACCAAGUAAAAGACCUCGGUGGUGGUGAAUUUGUCAUCGAAGGAGACGAAAAGAAGGGGAGCAAAUGCAAUGCUUUGUGCGAGGUGGGCUUCAGCAGUGGCACCGAGUACUUUGAAGUUGAGGUCCUUGAGGGUUCGGGUGCUUUCAUCGGGGUCACCACUAGGAAUGGCUUUCUGGAAGGGUACAAGAUCAAGGGCCUCUUCUUCGGCGGGCCGGGCAAUCUGAGCAACGGCAGCGGUGGCUUGCGGACGCAAUUUGGGGAACAGGUGAAGGCAGGUUCCGUCAUUGGUGUGGCCUUGGACCUGACGGAUGAGUCGACCGUCGCCGUGACCUUCUGGGAAGGAGAUGUUUGCCUCGGAGAAGCUUUCAGAGGAUGUCCGCGCCAGCCAGGAGCCAUGGUGUUCCCAGCUGUGUGCGCAAACAAGGUCCAGGAUCGUUUCAAGCUGUCUUUGCGGCGGAAUCCACGCAAGCAGACACUCAAGACACCCCAUCCAGCGAUUGGAUGUUGGGAUUUGCAGCGGUUGGUCAUUGCAGGUGAAACCGUGAGCUUGGAUGCCGCCUUGGCAGUGAAAGGAAAGGGCAAGGGCAGGGGCUAUGCAGUGGAUGCAGAAGCGCCACCUGCAAUGGGCAACAUCAUCAUGACUUUGACAGAAAAGCCAGGCACGCCGCUCUUCCGACUUUCGCUAAAGUUGGGAAACACCCUGAUGACGACUGUGCAAACUAACAGCGGUCCGAUCGGCGCCGAGGAGAUCCAGCUGGGCAUGGUUGCAGGAACCAUGGUCAUGGCGCCGCCCCCACUAAUGGACUUGGAGCAAAGCUUUUCCAAGGCCCUGCCGUUGAUCACCAGCUGGAAAGUCACCACGGACAGCCUGCAAAUGCGUGGUGGAGAUGUUGAAAUCGACUUCCGUCACUACGAUGCCCCUCCUGAGGAGCCAGUUUCCAGUGUUACACUUCCAUAA